AUGGCGAAUUCACAAGACAGAGAUGUAGAGAAUAGUAUUCCUAGAGAUGGUGCAGGCAAAGGUCAGAACCAUGUGGAGAAUUUGGCAAGGGGAUACGGAUUGAAAGAUCCAAAUAGCGAGAUCGAAGAAGAGAGAUGGAAGCUGAUCAAAGAUCGCAUAAUCUCCAAGGGUGGUGUAGUUGUAGCCGAACAUCUUGCUCCGUUUCUUGAUCCUCUACCAAAAAGGGUGUUGCAUGAGGAAGCAUACAUGUUUCCUGUUCUUAUCAAAUUCCAAGGCCGUCCUGUGAUGGAUGAUCAAUCUGGUCAUGUUCUCUACCACUUUGAAUCCCUGAAUGGGGCUAGUGGUGAAGGAAGAGCUUUCUUUACUUGGUCGAAUGGAGGAAGAGUUCCUGAUGGUAAGUUUUUGGAGGAGAAGAAGUGGGACUGGUGGAAUUUGCAAGAUUUUUGCUUGACAUUGGUGCAAACUGUAGUUCUUGGACUAUUUGCGAGAUGGGUAUAUAAUGCUCUUCACAGUGAGUCACCUUCUGGUUUUGUCAAGUAUUUUAUCGCCGAUGUUCCAGUAAUUCCGAUUCUUCACUUUGUCUUGACUUUUUGGGUGGUAGUGGGAAUUUUCCAGUUACUGUUUUGCGUCUUUUAUCCGAUCAUGAAAAAUGUUGGUGUCAAUAAAAGAAACGGAGCAAGACAGCAGGCUGCUCUAAAGCUUCAAUCCCCGAAUGAACAACUACGAACAAAGCUGCAACACCACGCUUAG